UUUGCUUAUCUGAAGGUAUUGGGGCAGUGGAUCAAGUGGUCAUCUCCUCAGAUUCUAAUCAAAUCCGAAGAUUAGAUUCUCGCAACUAUAAAUGAUCGAUGGAAACGGGAGACAAUGAUAAGUUCCGAAAAUGUUAUCGAAGGGUGCUGUUGUCGUUGUUGCUGUUUUGGUGGCGGUUGUGCAGGCUGCCCUCAUCAGGGAUCUAUCUCCCGAACAAAUUGGAAGAUUGAGCAAUUGGAAGGAGGGUGAUAAACAGAAUGUUUGGGAGGUGAGCGGACAGUAUCAGGGCGAUAUCGUCUUGAAUCAGAAGCAGAGGAACGGUUUGAUUCACGAGGUGUACAGAUGGCCCGACAACGAAGUCCCAUACGAAUUCGAUCCAUCCCUGAGUGAAGAGCACAAGAAGCACAUCGCCGAAUCCGUGAAGAUCUUCGAGCAAGUGAGCUGCGUCAAGGCUAGGCCGAAGAGACCGGAAGAUGGCAAUUACAUUUACAUCACGAACGAGCCUUCUGGAUGUUGGUCGUACGUCGGUCGUCAAAGCGGCAAGCAGAUUGUCAACUUCCAAGAUUAUCCGGUUGGAGAAGGCUGCUUCCGCUCCGCCACGAUCCAACAUGAAUUCUUGCACGCAAUCGGUUUCUAUCAUCAGCAAAGCUCCACCGAACGGGACGAUUUCGUCGAAAUCGUGUGGAAGAACAUCAAGAAGGGCACCGAAAGCAACUUCGACAAGUACGACGCUGACGAGAUCACCAAUUUCGGUGAAAAGUACGAUUACGGAAGCGUGAUGCAUUACGGAGAGUACGCAUUCUCUGACAACGGAGAGAAGACCAUCGUCCCAAAGGACCCCAACGCUGAAAUCGGACAAAGGGUAGGACUCAGCCCAAUCGAUAUCGCCAAAUUGAACAAGAUGUACGGAUGCCAGUAAAAUGUAAAUGAAAGCAACAAUUGAAUUCACCAAUUAUUUAAUUAA